AUGGAGUCUUCACAAGUAAAUUUUCUUCUUGAUAACAAAGAAGUGGGGAAUUUCUCAGGCAGACCUUAUGGCGACUUUCAGAAACACUCAGGUUCCCAGGACAAUAUACCGUGGAUAGAAAAUACAUUUCAUAAAAGGGAUUGUGUGCAUAUCAUACCAAAGUCAAGAGAACCCCACAGGUGCAUUCCAGGAUGUCAGAUUUGCCAGCGACUUGUCAGGUGCUGCUGCGGCCAGCUAAUACGACAACAUUCACGUUGCACUGGUAAUCUGGGUAGUAGCUCCUCUAGUGAACACCAGGGUUCAAAUCUCCACCAGGAAUUAGGACCUUGGACAGUGGAGAGGCACACUGUGAAGAGUCCCACAGAUGCUUAUGGCACAAUCCUUUUUCAGGGUGGAUCACAAGGCUGUAAAGCUAAGUAUGUCAGGUUGUCAGAUGACAGCAAAAUUGAAGACAUAGUCCACCUCAUGGUGAACUAUUGGAGGAUGAAUAUACCAAAGCUGGUUAUCUCUGUCCAUGGUGGAACUCACAAAUUUGAGAUGCACCCCACAAUGAAAGAAGCACUUUGUAAGGGUCUUAUCAAGGUAGCAGAAACAACGGGAGCUUGGAUUCUAACAGGAGGAAUAAAUACUGGAGUAGCAACACAUAUAGAAGAUUCCAUAAAGGAAGUGGCUUCCAGGCUGACCCACACAGUUUGUACAGUGGGUAUAGCCCCAUGGGGUGUCAUUGAAGGAAGAGAUGAUCUUCUUGGGCAAAACGUUAUGGCUCAGUAUCAAGCUUUGAAGAAUCCACUAAGCAAACUCCAUGUCCUCAAUAGUCACCAUUCUCAUUUCUUACUGGUGGAUGACGGGACAGUUGGGAAGCAUGGAGGGGAGGUUCAUAUACGAAGAGAACUGGAGAAGAAAAUCAGUCAACAGCAAAUUCAUACAAGGACAGCCACACGUGUUCCUCUUGUGGCUGUUUUAAUUGAAGGUGGCCCGAACAGCAUCUACACAGUCUUGGAAUAUCUUCAGCAAAGUCCUCCUGUGCCAGUUGUUGUCUUCGAGGGAAGUGGUAGAGCUGCAGAUCUUUUGGCCUACGUUUAUGAACAAACUGAGAGCUGUGGGAGUCUACCAGAGGGCAUAGAAUCAGAAUUGAUUGCUACCAUCAGGAGGAUGUUCACCCUAAAUCAGAAGGACACAACGUAUUUAUUCCAGACCUUGCUAGCUUGCAUGAAAAUCAAGAACCUUAUAACUAUAUAUCGUGCUGGGUCUGAAGAACACCAGGAUAUUGAUGUUGCAAUCCUUACAGCACUAUUAAAAGGCACCAACACAUCUCCAAAUGAUCAACUUGUCCUUGCGCUCACAUGGAACAGAGUAGACUUAGCAAAAAAUAAAAUUUUCCUCCACGGACAACAGUGGCGAACAGAGCCUUUGGAACAAGCCAUGUUGGAUGCACUUAUAAUGAACAGAGUUGCAUUUGUCAAACUUCUGAUUGAAAAUGGAGUAAACUUGCACAGAUUCCUAACAAUACCCAGACUGGAGGAGCUGUAUAACGCAAAACAACAUGCAAACACCACCUUACUGCACCUUAUACAGGACGUCAAGAAGGGUAGACUUCCUGCAGGAUAUAAAAUCACCCUUAUGGAUAUUGGACUUGUAGUUGAAUUUCUGAUGGGAGGGACCUUUAGAUGCAAUUACACCAAGAAACCCUUCAGAGCAAUGUAUAAAUCACUCCAACAGCGAUCUAGAAAUGCUGUUUCCAUUUCUUCACCACAUUCUUCAAGCACAAGACACGACCACUUUAUUCAAACAGCCCAGCCAUACAAGCCAAAGGUUAAUAAUUCAAAUGAUGACAAGAAAACCACGGGAAUUGUAGAAAAUGAAGAUCGUAUCACAAAACCUUUCCCUCAUCCUUUUAAUGAGCUCCUGGUAUGGGCUGUGUUAACCAACAGACAGACCAUGGCUCUGUUCUUAUGGCAGCAUGGUGAAGACUCCUUGGCCAAAGUGUUGGUAGCCAGAAAACUCUAUCUUUCCAUGUAUCACGAAGCUCGCCUUUGUGACAUUGCUGAUGAUACAUGGCGGAAACUUAAAGCAAAUUCCAAAGAAUUUGGAAAGUUGGCAUUAGAACUUCUAGACAAAGCCCACAAACAGAAUGAAAGAAUGGCAAUGAAGUUGCUAACAUAUGAACUUAGCAGUUGGAGCAGUUUUACGUGCCUUAAGCUAGCUGUUUUUGGAAGACUUCGAGCAUUUGUAGGACACACAUGUGCUCAGAAGCUUCUAUCUGAUAUAUGGAUGGGGAGACUCGAUCUCAGGAAGAAUUCAUGGAUUAAGGUGAUGUUAGGUCUUUGGUUCCCGCCAGUUAUUCCAUUGUUGGGAUACAAAACCAAGGAACAAAUGUCUCACAUCCCACAGUCUCAGGAUGCCCACCAGAUGAUAGUAGAUGAAAAAGAGGUGGUUACAUACUCAGAAGAAGGAAUAAUAAUGGAUGUGUUUAAUGAGAUUAAAACUUUUGAUGGUCUUCAAGAAAAAUCCUCUGAACUUAGGCAUGAAAGAAAAUGUAGACACGUUUCGCUUGUACGGACAUUCUAUGCUUUUUACCACGCACCGAUUGUGAAAUUCUGUUUUGAUACAAUGGCCUACCUGGGGUUCCUGAUGCUUUAUUCAUAUAUUAUCAUGACUGAAAUGCAGGUUAUGCCAUCAGUUCAGGAAUGGAUCGUGAUCUCGGUCAUCUUCACCACUGGUUUGGAGAAAAUACAUGAGAUUGUCAUGUCUGAAGCUGGAAAAAUCACUCAGAAGCUGAAAUUGUGGUUCCAUAGCUACAUGAACAUCAAUGACUCUUUUGCAAUAAUCACUUUUCUUAUUGGAUUUGGUCUAAGACUGAGCACUAUCCAGUUGACUAAUGAGAACGAUCUGUAUGCUAAUUCUAUAUUCAUUGCUGGAAGAAUAAUUUACUGCCUCAAUAUUAUAUUUUGGUUUGUGAGGUUACUGGAUAUUCUAAAUGUGAAUCAAGAUGCUGGCCCUUACGUUCUAAUGAUUGGUAAGAUGUUAACUAAAAUGUUUUCCCUCAUUGUGAUUAUGGCCAUUGUGAUAUUUGCCUUUGGUGUCCCACGGAGGGCAAUCCUCUAUCCUCGAGAGCCACCUAAUUGGUAUACAGCAAAAGAAGUCGUUUUUCGGCCAUAUUGGAUGAUUUACGGUGAAAUGUGGGCAUAUGAGAUAGAUGUGUGCGCCAACGAGUCUGUCGUUCCUGAACUUUGUGGCCCUGGAACAUGGCUGGUGCCUUUUCUCCAGGGUUUUUACUGUAUUAUACAGUACAUCCUUUUGGUUAAUCUUCUUAUUGCCUUGUUUAAUAAUAUCUAUAUGCAAGGUAAAGUGAUGUCGGACAUGCUUUGGAAGUUCCAGAGAUAUAAUUUUGUCAUGCUUUAUCAAAACAAACCUAUAUUUCCUCCACCACUAAGUUUGAUUAGCUACGUGGCCUCCUUCACCAGCUGGUUAUUUGCACGGAAAAGAAGAUCCAAGCCUCAUGUAACAAAACUUUUUCUAACCAAAGAGGAACAAAAAUCACUUCAUGACUUUGAAGAGCACUGUGUAGGAAUGUAUUUCAAUUACAAAAAGAACUUUGACAAGUCAAACAGUGAGGAAAGGAUCCGAGUGACAACAGAAAGGGUUGAGCAUAUGAGUGCUAAGAUGAAAGAUGUUGGCUGUCAUUUAAACUUAAUUAAACAUUCAUUGCGCUGUUUGGAUAAUCACAUUGGACACUUGCAAGAUAUUUCUGGUCUUGCGUUUGAUGCCCUAAAUACCUUAACAGCUCAGAAAGCACUGGAGUCCAGCAGGAGUCAGAGUAUGGAUUUAAGUAGUUCAAAACAAACCUCUGAUGAGGGACUUGGACAAUCAACCAGCAAGAGGGGAAGCAGAAGUGACCACAUUUGGAGGCGCUCUCUUUCACAUCCUAGUCUUGAAAACAUUUUCAAUUCCCGUGUGACAAAAUCACAAAGGAAAGUCAUCAUGUCUGAUACAUCUCCUCAACACAGUGCUUUGUUUCAAAGAGUUGGGUUUUCACCUCUGGAGUUUCAGAAUGGUACACGUUAUAAUGAUAAGAAUGGUGUUCUUAACAGUCAGAAACAACGGCCACUAAAGUACCGAAAAGGAGUGAUAACAGCACAGACAUCGUUACAGUAUCUUGCAAAAAAUAGGAACAUAUCAGAAGUGAAUGUUACAAAGUCUGCUCAGAAUGCUUCAUCCUACUUGGAACAUGGCAACAGUGUGUGUCUAGAUCCUGCAGACACGGGCAAAGAAGGUGGAUAUGUUAAUCGUGGGUUUAUUGAUGACAUUGGCCUCAGUAUUGAUAUUUAUGAAAAUAGUAGUAAUAAUGAGCAUCUUUUAAAGCCACUUGCUGACCAGACAGAUGAGACAGAUGUCACUACCAUACUCAAGUCACAAUGUCACCAUGAGUCACUUACUGGCAACUUUACUUGCGAAGACGAUAGCAUGCAAGAAAUACAUAGAAGAGAUAAUACGAUGGAGAGAGUUGAAGACAAAAUAAAUCUUUUGGGUAGAGGCAAGAGUUUUGCUGGUGUUGUUCAGAAACUUUUGAAGAAAUCUAAAAACACAGGAAGAGGAGACCACGCACACACAGUAAAGCAGAUGUCAUUUGAGGCAAAUUCUGGAGAAGUGGAGGAAUGUCUUGAAGAUGAAGAGAGCGUAAAAAGCAGUGAAAAAUUGGAUGAUCGUAGAUCAAGCUAUCACUCUGCUUCAACAAAUCAAUGGCAAUCUGAUGAAACAGCAACAUCUUUUGAAGAAUUACAGCAGUCGGACUCAAGGGCAGCUUUAUUAAAGGAGUCCUAUUACAGCAGAUAUUCUUCAAGUUGCAGUAAAUUGCCUCUGGAGAAAGAAUUCCUGAAUAGAUUUAAAUCUCAUUUCACCCCAUCCAUGGACAUCUCGUUCUACUUUGCUUCUAUUGAGAGAAACAACUUGUAUCGCCUAUCCCAGAGUAUUCCCUUUACACCUUUACCACCAAUAGGAGAACUGGUAACAGUUUAUCGUCUGGAAGAGAGCUCUCCAGAAAUCAUGAACAAUAGCAUGUCUUCCUGGUCACAACAAGGCUGCUAUGCCAAGAUUGAGUUUCUCGGGAGAGAGGAGAUGGGGGGAGGCCUGAGACGAGCUUUGAAAGUAGCAUGUGCAUGGUGUGAAGAUGGUAUCCUUAAAGGAGGGCAACUCUACAUCAUCAAAUCAUUCCUUCCGGAGGUUGUGGAUACUUGGUCAGGUGUAUACAAAGAAGACACAGUGUUACAACUCUGUCUUAGAGAAAUACAACAACAACGAGCAGCUCAGAAGCUCCUGUUUGCUUUCAACCAAAUGAAGCCAAAAACUAUCCCAUAUUCUCCAAAGAUUCUGGAAGUGUUCCUGUUAUACUGUCACUCUGCUAAGCAGUGGUUUACUAUUGAGGAGUGUAUGGCUGGAAAAUUUAGGAAAUACAAUAACAAUACUGGUAAUGAAAAUGUUCCGAGAAAUAUGCUUGAGAAGACCAUGCUAGCAUUUAGCCACUGGACGUAUGAGUACACAAAAGGAGAAUUUCUGGUCCUAGAUUUGCAAGGUGUUGGCGAGAAUUUGACAGAUCCGUGUGUUAUCAAGGCUGGAGGAGAAAGAUCACAUGAUAUGAUAUUUGGUCCUGCAAACCUUGGAGAUGACGCCAUCCAAAACUUCUGCUCUCAGCAUGAAUGUAACACUUGCUGCAGGAAUCUAAAACUUCCAGAGCUAAUGAAAAAUGACCCUUUACAGGACGAUGACUACCAGUCAGUCAAGUAUUCCCUCAUUGGUACAACUCAUGGUAGCAGCACUGAACAAACAACCAACCCAAUCACAUGAUAAUGUGACUGAAUUCCUAAAAUCCACUUUGAUGUCAUUUCCCCAGUGUGUUGCCAAUAGGAUCAACGUAUUGUUAUAAAGCAUUGUAAGUCUCCACAGCAUGAAAAUGUUGACCAGACAUUGCACUAUGGGAAGUAUCCGAAAAUUGCCUAAAAUGACUGAAACUUUAUGUUCUACUUAUUUUAUCUCUGUACCGUUGUCAAAAACUCUAGGAAUGCUAUAUUACGUAGUCACAUGAAUAGUUGGAUUAAUCUUUUUUGCACUUUAUUGGUGGUAGUGUAAACAUUAACCAGUAAUGGGACUCAGAAGUAGUUGAGGAAUAAACUGAUAUUAACUUUAGAUUUGUGAGACCAGGAACCUCCAGGCCAAAAUUAGAGAAUAUUGGUUAUUGCCGAUCUGUCAGAUUAUGAGCAGUACAUUUUACAGCUUCAAACCUUCUAAUAAUGUUAACAAGAAAAAGGAAAGACACUACAAUGGGUUAUGCUUUAUCAAACAUGGUGUGGUAAAAGGCAUAUUUAGAAUAAAUGGUGUUAAUUUGACAACCAUAACCAUUCCACCAUGUCUGAAAGAAGACAGGGUGUAGGAAAGGUUUUACACUUUUAAGCCAUGCUUGCUUGAGCAAUUCUAUUAGAAUGGUUUCAGUUCACCUUUUUACUAAUGAGUCGUGUGCAUUGGUAAACAGCAUCAGUUGAUUUUCUGGUCCAUUUGGAGGUGAUUUGUGCCUUUAAUAUGAUAUAUUAAGCUCUACUUGAUUGUUUUGGAGCGCACAACACACUUUGUUCAACUUGUCACAUUUUGAUAAUAGUGUCUGCAGAAAGUACCAAUUUGAAAAUGGGUAAACUGUGCCCAUAAAGAGAUGCACAGACAAUAAUGACAUUAAAAUGAGGUGCUCUGGGUAUUAAAAGGCCUGUUUGUGGCGAC